UCAGCUGUGUCCAAUCACAGCUGAUCACUGAUGAUCAGUGUGCCCUGAUGAUCAAUGUAGCCCCAACAGUCCCACCUGUCAGUGUCCAUCAGUGCCUUGUGUCAGUGCUCAUCAGUGCCUCGUGCCAGUGCGCAUCAGUGCCACAUCAAUGCCACAUAUCAGUGCCUACCAGUGCACAUCAAUGCCACAUAUCAGUGCCCAUCUGAGCUGCCUUUCAGUGUCACCCAUUAGUGCCAAUCAGUGCCACCUAUCAGUGCUGCCAAUCAGUGCUACCUAUCAGUGCCAGUCGGUGCCGCCUAUCAG